CUUAAUUACCUGACUAUUGUGUAUAUAAAUAUAAUUCAUUUCAUGCAGAGUGAGUGAGUGAGUGUGUGUGUGUGUGUUUGUGUAGUGAAAAGUAAAAAUAAAAAUAAAUAAUACUCGGAAUAUCCAUCCCAUGGCGAAGGAGUUGUGCAGGUGGUGUGUGAAGACGGAGAGAAAAGCUUAUCUGAUUAUGAUUUUUGUGCAGUUUAUAUAUGCAGGCAUGGCCAUGCUCUCCAAGGCUGCAAUUUCCAGAGGAAUGAGCCCUUUUGUGUUUGUGGCUUUUCGCCAGGCAUUUGCUACGCUUUCCUUGCUUCCAUUCGCCUUCUUCCUCCACAGGGACAAGAAAGCUGAUCCGUUGUCGUGCAGGAUAUUGGGGAAGAUCUUCUUCGUCUCUUUGAUUGGGAUAAGUUUGAGCUUGAAUCUGUACGCGUAUGCAAUGAACUACGUGACGGCAACAUUUGCUUCUGCUAGCAUUAACACCAUCCCUGCACUCACCUUUCUCAUUGCCAUGAUCUUGAGGAUCGAAAGAUCAGUUGCAAUAAGGGAGCUGGCGGGAUUCCUCAAAGUUGUGGGGUCAGGGCUGAGCCUCUCCGGGGCAAUGCUAUUUGCAUUUGGUAAAGGGCCCCUCUUGAAACCACUUAAUCUUCAUUCAUUUCAUCACCAGAUGAACAGUCCUACUACCCACCCAACUGUGAACAGACAUGAUCAAUCCAAUUACAAGUGGAUACAAGGUUGUCUGCUCAUGCUGGCGGCCAACACCACCUGGGCUUCCUGGCUAGUCAUGCAGGCCCAUUUGGUGAAGCAAUACCCAGCGAAAGUGAGGCUUACACUGCUGCAGUGUCUGUGCAGCUGCAUUCAGACAACAAUUUGGGGGUUGGCCAUGGAAAGAAACAUGUCGUCGUGGAGACCUCACUGGGACAUGAAUCUCUUCUCCGUCGCGUAUUGUGGUGUAAUAGUGACUGGUGUCUGCUAUUGGCUACAAGUGUGGAGCGUGGAGAAGAAAGGCCCCCUUUUCACGGCCACAUUCACUCCAUUGGCACUCAUUAUUACAGCCAUUCUAUCAGCCUUCCUAUGGAACGAAACACUCCAUUUGGGCAGUUUGUGUGGAAUGACGCUGCUUGUGGGGGGCCUCUACUUCGUGCUGUGGGGGAAGAACAGAGAGCCCAAACAGGAACCAAAUAAUGAUGAUGGUGAGGAGAAGGAGGAGGACACAACAGAUGUGUAGUAGUGACAAGUGAUUGUAUCUUGCAUAAUUUUGAGCAUUUGCGCCUGCUGUUUAUUUUUCUCGAGAUUAGACAUCAUCGUCUUUAUUUUCAAGUUUGAGCCUUGCUUUUA